AUGAGUUUUUUGGACGACAGCGAUGACGAGAGCACGACCAUGUCUUCGUCUGCAUACGGAAAUCCACUCGCUUCGGCAACUGGAAGUCGUUUAGGUUCUCUGUUCGGAGGAUCCGGAGACGAUCAAAGCGAAUCUGAUUUCAAAUUCAAACCAAAUUCUCAACAACAACCAUCUGCUUCACUUCAAAGAAAACUCUCCAACUCAUCCAUCAGCUCAACAAACUCCUCGUCCAAUGGUUCGACCACAACUUCCUCUCAAAACGUGGUUCAAAUGGCCGUACCAAAUAAGACUCGAGGUGAGAAUGGAUCUGUAAUUCAUGCCAUGGUGGUUCAAUUAUUCUCAUUCUCCAAUGAAGUACGACAAUAUCAACCUUUGGGAAGCGUUGGUGCAGCAAUUCUCAACAAUUUUCCAAUUCCAAGUUUGAUCUUUUAUAGAAAUCCUCAAGAUAUCAUUCUUCAAUUACCCAUUACUUCGCAACAUACACUUUUCACAUUGCAACAAGGUCAAUCUACGUUUGCAUCGUUGCAUGAUUUGCACAGUAAUAGAAUAUUUUCAAUUGGAUUCCAAAAUGCAAAUGAUGCCAUUCUAUUCGCCAAAAUAAUUUGUAUUGCCAAAUUCAUGGGACAACCUAAUAUGGAAGUAUCCACAGUCAACCUCAACGAACUGGCAAACACUCUUGGAAGUACUGAUUCAUCAUCUCCUAUUUGUAAGGAGGGAUAUAGAGUUUAUGUGAAAUAUUCUGGAUGGCUUGUUGACAAUGACGCAAAGAAAGGUCUUGUCAUUGGUAAACUGUUUGACACCAAUGAAAAUUCAGCUAAUUUAUUUUCAUUCAAAUUUGGAGAAUCAGAAGUGAUUCGUGGUUGGGAACAAGCAUUGAAGGGUGUUCGUGUUGGAGGUCGAAGAUUCUGUGUCAUUCCAGCCCAUUUGGCAUAUGGAGAACGUGGAGUUUCCAAUGUUAUUCCACCUAACAGUAUUUUAUGUUUCCAAAUUGAGGUUGUGAAAAUGAAAAAGAUGAAGAGUUCAUCAUCUGCAGUCAUGCCACCACAAAAUACUGUCAUGCCUUCUCCUGUGAAUAUGCAACCACCCACAACUGUGACACCAACUGUUGUUGCAAAUCCAAUGGUAGUUCAACAACCUCCGCCAACGGCCAUUCAAUCAGAAGGUGAUUUGAAAUCAAGAAUGGCAAAACUUGGAGCUCAUUCCUAUGGAGUUGUUUUACCUCAACAACAACAACAACAACCACAACAAAUUGAGCAACAACCUGUGACAGUAACUACUCAAGAAGUAGUACAAGUUACUCAACAGGCACCUGUUAUAACUCAAGAAACUGUUGUGAAUAAUAGCGGCAUUAGUACAACCACUAACACAGUGACAACUAGCAACGUGAAUGCCAUUGAUAAUAGUAGCAAUACUUUAACACCUCCUCCAUCGAGCAAUGUUUCUACAGUGGCUUCACCUGUAACAACAGCCGCCACAAGCAAUGCCGAAAUUGAAGCUCUCAAACAACAGCUUUUAAAUCUUCAGUCUCUCAUUACUUCACAAAAUAACAACAAUACACCUUCUCAGCAACCAAGUAUUGAAAAGAAUUCUCAAGUUUCCACACCAACGAUUAAUACUGAGGUGAAGAAGCCUGCCAAUGUACCUACCACUGUCACUACUACUUCUGGCAAUACCAAUCAAUGGAUUGAUGACGUUUCAGUUCUCUUGACAAGACUUGAUAAGAUUGAAAAAACCAUUGAUAACAUGUCUUUCACUCAGCUCAUUAGAAAUGCAGUCAAGUUUGGCAGUGAUUUAGACGGAGAAACUGUCGACGAUGAAGAAAAAGAAGAGCAAGAUGCUGAAAAGGAAAUUUCUACUCAUGGCUAUCAAUUGAGAAAAUUCAAGAAAUCACACAUUUUCAUGUCAGGUCCUCUCCUUGUUGAAAACAUUCAACAUUUAUUGGCCACUAACAUGAAACUUGAAGCAGAUCUUCAAAAAGAGAGAGAACAAGUGGAUUCAUUGAUUGAGAAAAUUUCACAACUCCGCAAAAAGCAAGAAAAGUAUGCUCAACAACAAUUGGAGCUCACUCAUUUGAGUCUCGAGAGCAAUAACUUGUCAGAGAAGGGCAUGUAUGAAGAGGAGUUGCAAAAACUCAAUGAAACCAUUGCAAAUCUUCGUAAACAACUUGCAGAACAAAAGAGAAAAACCUCACGAGCUCAAGAACAGGUUCAAUCCGAAAAGGAGACUAUUGAAAAUUUGCAAAGUGAAAUUGAAGUUUUGAAAAAGGAAAUUGAAGAAGUCAAUGCAGAAAAUAAGAAGAAGAAGAUCAAAUUAGAGAAUGAUCAUAAGGAAAAGAUUGCCUCUCUUGAAGAAGAAUUCAACGAGAAGAUUCAACGACUUGAAAACGAGCACAAUUUGGCCAUUCAAAAACUUAAACGAGAGCAAAAACAUGAAAUUGAAAGAAUUCGAACAGAACACAAUGAAAAUAUGGAAAAGAGAAAAGUUGAGAACUUGGAAGAACAAACCUCGGAGGAAAUUUCCAAUCUCACACAAAGCAUGAACAAACUUAAGGAAGCAGCCACCGCUCAGGCCUCCAAGAUUACUGAACUCAAUGAAGAGCUCGAAUCGAAGAAUCAAGAAAUUUCCGACUUGGAAGAACAAAAUACUGCCAAUCUUAAGAAACUUCGUGAGAAAUUCUUGGAAGCAUUGGACAAUAAGGCAGACAAUGUGAGAACUCUUUUCACUAGCAUAUUUAGAACUCUUGUGAACAAGAUUUAUCAUACCUUCAUUCAAGGAAUUUCUGGAAAGAAACUUUCACAAGCUGCAACAUCUGCAUUCUUAGGUAAAAUUGUGAAAAAGUUCAGCUUGAAGGCCAUUCAAUUAAUUUCUGAGGAAUUUAGUGGCGUUGAAUUAUUGAAUUUCGAUCCAAACAUUUAUAUUGACUAUGAUCCAGAAGAAGAAAAUGAAGACGAAAUGGAUGAAGCCAUUCUUCGACGAAGAUCUCUUCUCACUUUGGAUUUGGAAGAAGAAGAAGCCGAAGAUUUACAAUUAGAGGAAGAAGAACCUGCAGAAGAAGAGAAACCCAACAUGGAAGUCAUGGCGCAAGCCAUUCGUGAGAAAGUAUCGGAAGAGUUUACAAAAAAAAUUACAGAAUUGCAACAAGCACUUGAACUUGAACGACAGAAGGCACAUGAUCGUAAUGGUGAUGAUGAUGAGGGCGAGGAUGAGAAGAAGGAGGUUUUAGAGAGUAUUCGGAAACAAGUAGAGGAGGAGUGGAAAGAACGGUUUAAUGUAUUGAGCCAAGAAUUAGAAUUGUUGAAGAAUAAGGCUAUUGAUAUCAGUGGUAGUAGUAGUAGUAGUAGUAGUAGUAGUAGUAGUGAAGAGGCUCAUCCUAUUGAGAAGGAAGAUGAUGCAGAUGAACAUUUACAAAACUCAUCAUUGGAAACAAUUGUUGAACCAACCGCGGUCGCAGCACAAGAAGAAGAAACACCUCAACCACGAACAAUUCAAUCUUCAUUGGAAGAAGACGAAGAUUCUGCUCUGAGUGCGAGCACACCUGUGGUUGAUGUUGCUGAUGAAGAGACUCCAACAACUGAUGUUGAAAGAAGUGAAGAACAACAUGUGACCCUACAAGACGGAGACAAUGAAGUUGCAACCGUUGAAAGAAGUGAAGAACCACUCACAAACGGAACCACCACCGAGGACACAGCACGUGAGGAAGAAACUGCCAAUGUUGAUGAUUUUUCUAUUACAACGACUCGUUCUCAGCAAGAAGAGGAAAAUGGAACUUCUACUACUCUUGUGUCCACACAAGAUGUAGAAGUCAUUGCUCCUACAAAGGAAGCUGAAGGUGAUGACGACUUGGAAUAUGUUCAAUCGAAUGGUCAUCAUCAAGAGGAGGAUGAGGAAACACAACAUGACCAACAAGAGUUACCAGGUGUGCAAGAUGCUGAAACACCUCUUAAGCACGAAGAAGCUCAAGAUUCUGAGCAAGACGGAACCGCUUCACAAGUCGAAGAAAAACAACAAGAUCUUGCUGAGACAACCACAGAACAAGACACACCUCCAACCAUUCAAUCCAAUGUACCAUCCUCUCCUUCAUCGUCGCUUGUUCAACCAUCACCAGAACAAUCUUCAAAGAAAUCACCUCUCAUGUCUGUAUUUGAUGAAGAAAGUGACGCAAGCCAAAUUGAUCCUUGGUUGCAAACAACAGCAGUAGCUGUCCAGAAAACAAACACACCUACCAAGUUCUUGUUUGAAGAUGACGAAGAAGAUGAGGAAGCCAAAAAGAAACGAGAGGCAGAGCUUCAGAAAAAGAAAAAGGCCACCACAUCGAAAUUAUUUGAUGAUCUCGAUGACGAUUUCCUUUAA